CGGUUGACAUAUAAACCUAUCCAAACACCACCCCUCUUUCCUCCGUCAUCUCUACGCACUCUAGGAACACCAGUUCUCUACAGUACUUAAGAAGCUCUACUCCUUCUUCAAUCUCACAUCUCAUCAAUACUUCACAAUGGUAUUUCUCCGCUCUGUUUCACGGCUUGCCCGUCCUGCCUCUUCUGUCCUCUCCGCGCGUGCUGGUCCACGACUCACGUCCGGAAACCAAUUCCUACGACAACCCAAUGCUUUCAGAACGCUAACCGCAACCGCUACUCAACAGGGAAAAGUUCUUCUCGUCCUCUACGAUGGUGGCAUCCACGCCGAGCAGGAGCCCCAGCUUCUCGGAACCACUGAGAACGAGCUUGGUAUCAGGAAAUGGCUCGAGGACCAAGGCCACGAGCUCGUAACCACCUCCGACAAGGAGGGUGAGGGCUCUGAGUUCGACAAGCACCUCGUUGAUGCAGAGGUCAUCAUCACCACCCCAUUCCACCCUGGAUACCUCACCGCCGAGCGCCUGGCUAAGGCCAAGAACCUCAAGAUCGCUGUUACUGCUGGUAUCGGUUCCGAUCACGUCGACCUCAACGCUGCCAACAAGACCAAUGGCGGUAUCACCGUUGCCGAAGUCACUGGAUCCAACGUCGUCUCCGUCGCCGAGCACGUCGUCAUGACCAUCCUCACCCUCGUCCGCAACUUCGUCCCCGCCCACGAGCAGAUCGAGCGCGGAGACUGGAACGUCGCUGAGGUCGCCAAGAACGAGUACGACUUGGAGAACAAGGUCGUCGGUACCGUCGCUGUUGGCCGCAUUGGUGAGCGUGUGCUCCGCCGUCUCAAGCCCUUCGACUGCAAGGAGCUUCUGUACUUCGAUUACCAGCCUUUGAGCCCCGAGGUUGAGAAGGAGAUUGGCUGCCGCAGGGUCGACACCCUCGAGGAGCUUUUGGCACAGUGCGAUGUUGUCACCAUCAACUGCCCACUCCACGAGAAGACUCGCGGUCUCUUCAACAAGGACCUCAUCGCCAAGAUGAAGAAGGGCUCAUGGCUCAUCAACACUGCCCGUGGUGCUAUCGUUGUCAAGGAGGACGUCGCUGAUGCCCUCAAGAGCGGUCACCUCCGUGGAUACGGUGGUGAUGUCUGGUUCCCCCAGCCUGCUCCCAAGGACCACCCACUCCGCACUGCUAAGAACCCCUGGGGUGGAGGCAACGCCAUGGUUCCUCACAUGUCUGGUACCUCCAUCGAUGCCCAAAAGCGAUACGCUGCCGGCACCAAGGCCAUCCUCGACUCCUACUUCUCUGGCCGCCACGACUACAGGCCCGAGGAUCUCAUCGUCCACAACGGAGACUACGCCACCAAGGCCUACGGCCAGCGUGAGAAGAAAUGAACGAUUUUCGAGUUCAAAUAAAAUAAUGCUCUGUUCUUUG